AUGUCUACUCUCGAGUCCGCGCUCCUACUGGACCUAUUCGAGAAGAUGAUGGUAUCAAAUGCACAGAUCAAUGCAUCACGACAUGCUCAUGUUGAGGGAGCCUUGGCUCUUGUGAAGCUGCGAGGUGUCGAACACUUUCGACAGGGUCCUGAAUUACGCGCUCUCCUUGGACUUUCCCUCAACGCAACGAUAUGCUCGCUAAGCACAGGUCGUGCAAUACCAGACGAGGUCCGCCAGAUCCGAAGGCAUGCUGCGCAAUUUAUCGACACAUCACACCCUAAGUGGAGACUUAGCGACUGCAUACUCGAAGUCACCAACCUACCUGAAGAACUACGAGACAUGUCACCGCGCAAUAGAGUAGCCCGCAACGCUUCAUUGGACCGUAGGCUCGAGACUGUGGCGCUUGAAGCUGGCGACGCGUGGUCAUACGAACGUAAGUUUGUCUCCGGCCAUGAUCAGCGAGCAUUUGUUCCCGACGGCUUCUUCCCUUUGUACGAUGUAUAUCCCAAUCGGACGAUCACACAGAUGUGGAACACGCUUCGAGUGACACGUAUACAGCUCUGCGAGGACAUUAUCGAAGACUGCGCAUUUCUCGACGAUGCUGAGGAGCUCCAGCGAGCCAAACAAGUCAUCCUCGAGAUGACACGCGAAAUUUGUGCUGCCUGUCCACAAAUGACGAACUGCUCUUUCGCUGCACGACAUAAGCUUCCGGAUGGAGCAAUUCCAAAUGCGCACCAUACGCAUACCAUGUCGCAUAUCCUUGAUGUCUACAUCGUUAUUUUUAGCCUCUAUUUAGUUGCCUGGGCACAACAUUGCCCUGCAAUGGCGAAGAAAUGGGCCAUCGGACAACUUGAGCAUAUCGCAGACCACUUCGGUAUCAAGGAAGCCGCAAACAUCCUUGGAAUUUUGCGUAAGCAACAGGGUGGUGGAACUGGAGAUCCGUGGUACGCAUAUAUCUUUCUUGGGUGA